GGCGGGGGCGGGGCCGGCCCCGGACGGCCUUUAAAUGGCGGCGGCGGCCGGUACCGCUCCGCCAGCGCUUUGGCGCUGCUUCGCGCGACGGGCCGCCGCCAUGAAGGGUGACCCGCAGCGCCCCGAGGAGCGCCCGGAGCCGCCCCCCCCGCCCCUCCUCUCCUCCUCGGCCCCCGGGGAGCCGCCGGUGUGGAUCUUCGGGUACGGCUCGCUGGUGUGGAGGCCGGGCUUCGAGUUUACGUCACGGAAAGUGGGCUUCAUCCGCGGUUACAGCCGGCGCUUCUGGCAGGGUGACACCUUCCACCGCGGCAGCGAGAGGACGCCCGGACGAGUGGUGACGCUGCUGGAGGACCGCGGGGCGUGCACGUGGGGUGUAGCCUACAAAGUCUGUGGGGAACAAAUUGCUGCGUCGCUCCAGUAUCUCAACAUGCGAGAAGCUGUCCUAGGAGGCUACGACACCAAGUUAGUGAAGUUCCACCCUCAGGACAAAGAUGUGGAGGAACCCAUCCUGGCUCUUGUUUACAUUGCAACACCCCAGAACCCUUCUUACCUCGGCCCAGCGUCUGAAGAAGACAUUGCAGCUCAAAUCAUUGUCUCAAGCGGUUGUGCUGGUCAUAACAUCGAGUACUUGCUGAGGCUGGCAGACUUCAUGCGCUACUUUUGUCCUCAAGCAGAGGAUAAACAUCUCUUCUCCAUCGAAGAGGCUCUUAUUUCCAUCCUCCCAUGUUUGUGCUGCACAGAGGAGUCUCUAGAAGAAACAGCAAGUGUCCCUCAGAAGGCUAACGGCUGAAAGGGAAAAUUUUUCUUGCAGGGUCACAGCAGAAGGGAUAUAAUGGAGAAAGCAAUGGGGACAAUCUUAACUCUGAUAAAAUAUACUGGACUGAGUGAAUGGAGAAUUAGCACGUAGUAGGGGAAGGGAGGAGGUGGAGUAAGACAUACUUGCUCUAGGACUUGCCAUUAUUACCUGUUACAAUUACACUCCUUACCUGGAGCACCCUGAUACCCAUUGCUGCUUUCCAGGUGGGGAGCAGGGAUCUUCACCGGGACUUCAUUCUGUGAGACUGACUUCCAGGGGUCAAACCUGAAGCACUCUUUCUUUAGAGAAGAAAGAGGCUCAUCUGUUCUAUUCUGUGCACUUUUUUCUUUGAAGUCUAGUUGAGCAGGACUUGACUGGGUUUAAGCAGUAUAUAUGCAAUUCUACCUCAGAUUGGCAAGAGGCUGUUCGUGUGGUGGUGGAGAUUUUGGCAGGUUCUGCCAAAUAAGACCUCCUUUUUUUUCCCUUGCCAUGUCCCGCCUCCACUACAAUGACUAAAAAGUAUAGAACUGUAGAACCUGACACUAAAUUUCAGGACUUCUGUGCAAUAGUAAGUGAACUGGCCUCUGUAGGCUCUUUGGAUCCUACUUCCGUAUGUUGUGAAGGAUCACAGUUAUGCACUUAAUUUUUACAGUGUCGUAUUGUAUUUAUUGUGUAUUUCCCCUUAGGAGGGAUAUCUAAACUGCUCACAUGCAGCAGUGGUGUGUGGCCCGCAUUCAACCUUGCAUUUGUGCCUUCUAGUUUUAAAUUGGUUUUCUGAGGAGCUAAGCCUGCUUUAAUGACAGAAGCUUUUCUCCAAGCUUCACUGACCUUGUGCUGCUACAGACUGAACUGACUCCAUAAUAAACGGUCCUGCCCGUGUGGGAAGCAUGUGCUCUCGGCAGGAAAGCUGCCUGGAUGCAGCAGCACUUUAUCUGGUACAGAGCUAGUUAAACCUCUGGUGCUUUAGGGGAUAACCAGGGUUUCUGUAGAAGCAUUUGAGGGUUCUAGCUCUGUACCUGAGUGUCUGUCUGGUUUGCUUUUAUUUGACUGCAAAGGGCUAUGACUGAACGUAUUUGUAAGCCUUUGAGCUACUGAAAAGCCUGCCCUGAUGGUGUUAAGCAGAGGCACUGCUGCAAGCUCAAACUUUCAGCUUCAGGUAUUAACAGCGUGAAAACCCACAGUAGUUUGUAAGAAAACUCUGCUACUGCAACUGCAGCAAAAUAGCUUCUGAGAGCUGACCCUGGGACAUUUGACUCCUCCCAAAUAUCAUGUGGGGUUUUUAUUAUUUAAAAAAAAAAAGGUAGGGACUGUUUGUAUUACUGUGGCUUGUAUGUAAAUGAAGUGGUACUGUGCUGUGCCCAGUAAUAAAACAAACUGACAAAGUCUUCUGUA